AUGACUCGAAGCCAGAAUCAUGAUGAUGCAUCAUCUAACAAUAAGAGGAUCAUGAAGAGUGUUUGCAAGUCAUGGAGGUCACUCUCACUCUCUAACAAGAACAUGUUUAUAGCAUCCAAACCACCCAUGUUAAUGCGCAUCUCUACUCGUGCUAAUGAGAAAGAGUGUUUCUUAGAGGACUUUGAAGAAAGAAAAUUCAAAACCAUAAUUCCCCAUUCUGAAGGCAGGACCUAUUUUGGAUUAACUUGUGGUUAUUUGAUCUUCUAUGGAAGGGACACCAAGGACUUCUGGCUUGUGAAUCCUAUCACAAGUCAUGAACUUCAUUUCCCUAAUUUUCCCUCCUACCUCAAUUGCUAUGGAUUAAGUUUCAGUGCUAUCCUUGUCUUUUCAUCUUCAAUAUCUAGAUAUGUGUUUCUUAUCUUAAAGAGAUUCACCUAUCAAAUAUGGUUUUCUAUAGAGGGUAAAGGAGACUGGAAUGAUGUGCCAUCCACUCUCCGCAUUCGUGAUAUACAUGCUUUCAAGGGGAAGAUAUAUGCCUUACCCUACGCCCACUCCGGUAGUAUUAGGUGGGAAGUAAGAGAUUUAUUUGAAAUGAGACUCGAUCCAGAGCCCAAACUGACAUUACUAAAAGCCCAUAACUUUCUAUUGCUGGAAUCCUAUCACCCGAAGUUUGUAAGUUCGGGUGAAAACCUUUAUGUUAUGGAAACCCGUUCCAAAUAUUCUUGGUACAAGGUCCAUGAACUGGAUUUUGGUGAAAUGAAAUGGGUGCCAUUUGAAGACACAAGUGAGGAAUACGAGUUUUUUAUAAGUGACUUGGAGCCUAGUGCUGCUGUUAAACAAGAGUCGUGGGUUGACACUCAGUCACGAUACAUGAGAUAUGAUGUUACCGAUAAUAGUGAAAAAGGCAGGCUCUUUAUUACAAAUCAGUGGUACUUCCCUCAUCAAUGUUUGAAUGUUGAUCGCGUACAUGAAUUAUGA